AUGGUCUACGGUGGUCCGCACACGAUUUCUCACAAUCAACGUUCACGCAACACAUUGGCCUGCGAUCCCCAAUCUAACGAUAAACCACACAGACAACUAGACCACCUGACAACUUCCACGCUACAAGUUCGCCCGCGCGCUAAGUCGGAUGCUUAUCCUGGCCAUCGCCAUCGUCCAUAUACCUUUCUCUCCGAUCCGCAGAUCAAGACAACGGUUCGUCCUGUUCUGUCUUCUCAUUCGCCGACAUCACAAUCGCCUCCAGCUGUUGAGCAUUCAAAGAAGCGUCAUCGCAAGCGAACUCCACCAUCUGACUCGGAGUCAGAAAGGAUUACUGGACAUGUCCUGGCUUCUGGCAAGUUCCAGUGCUCCGACCCUGGCUGUGAGGAUCUGCGCUUUGGCAGGCAGGCAGACUUCAGACGUCAUUACACCAACGUACAUGCGGAUAAGAUCAUCGAGUACUUCUGUCCGGUAUCAGGCUGUGAACGCUCCAGGAAGCCUUCGAAGAAGAGCAAAGGCCGCAGCUUCAAUGGCAGGAAAGACAAGAUGGAAGAACACCUCCAGACAGUACACCACAAAUUGAACAAGAAGAGAAGAAGGUCACCCGAGACCGAGAUCGAAGAAGAAGAGGAGGAGGAGGAAGACGCUGAGGAGGCAGAGCAACCGCAAGCCAAGACGCAGCGACACUUCUGA